UUGAAAAAAUAUAAAAUAUUGAGAGCUCAUCAGGGGUAAGUUCUGAGAACAAGAGAAGACAUUUCUUAUGUCUCUACAACAGAUUUAAUGUUUAACUUAUGCUCUAAAUUGUUCCAAGAAUCAAGUUUGGGUCUAGAAAAACGAGACAGAAACAUUCAAUACCUGAAACAAGAGCAGGAGCAACCAAGUCAUGUCUCUGUUCUAGAGAGGAUACGUCUGGAAGAAGAAACAGUAGAAGAGAAGAUUAGAUUGCUAUCUUUUCAUGAUUCAUGAAUCUUCUAGAGAAGGACUCAGUUCACAGGUUUGUGAAGAAAGUUCUUGAAGCUUCAAGACUGAACUGGACUAAUAUCAUGGCAAGAUGCAACGAAGAAACAUCACUACUUAACGAAUUCUCACACGGCGAUCACAACAAGGACCUGAUUCACGAGACGCUGAGACGUUUCGACUGGGGUUUACUCUGCUGUGACACUCCAAGAACGUUGGAUCAGAUCAUUGAGACUGAUGUGGUAAAGCCAUCAUCUCUUUGGUCGGGUUUUGGUGGUGAAGCUGAAGGUGGAAGUAGCCAGGCGCAGAUAGCAUCGGAGAAGGUGAAGAAAGGACGCAAUGCAUAGGUGAAAGAGGAUUGGAGUUCAUGACGCUUAAGUCGUUUAUGCUGGUUUUUUUUUUCCUUUUCUGGUGUUUGUUUUAUGAACAAGUUUGACUUUCACUCUUUGCUACUUCUAUAAUUUUGGUUUUUUAAUACCAAAUAUAAAAUAUAUCUCAUUUCA